AUGUCUUGUAUAUUCUGCCGCAUUAUCAAGGGAGAGAUCCCGGCUCUGAAGCUCUUUGAGAGCGAAAAGACGCUUGCUUUCCUCGAUAUCGGGCCCCUUAGCAAGGGCCAUGCUCUUGUCAUCCCGAAGUAUCAUGGUGCAAAGCUGGCUGAUAUUCCCGAUGAUCAGCUGUCCGAGAUUCUGCCUACUCUCAAGAAGUUGGUGACGGCUACUGGGGCCACCGAUUACAACAUCCUUCAAAACAACGGAACCAUUGCCCACCAGGAAGUGCAUCAUGUCCACUUCCACAUGAUUCCAAAGCCCAAUGAAACUGAAGGCCUGGGCAUCACCUGGCCCGCGACUAGCGGCGAUAUGGAGAAUCUCAAAGCUCUCUGCGAGGAUAUCAAGGCCAAGAUGUAA